CCGAAAUGCUAUCGUCGCGUGCACUCAAAAACAUCGAGCAGCUUGGUCGCCCCUGGCGAUUUGCACCUACGCCAGACUAUGACCACGAAACGAAUCCAAAGGGGCUCAUUUCUUUUGGAUUGGCAGAGAACGCAUGUACCUAUCACCCUCUGGCAAGAAACAACACUAACAAGACGUCAGAGACCGAUGAGGGCAGAAAUUGUUCAGUUCAUUAACGAGAAAGUCGUGUUUACAUUGGACUCCAUAAGCUACCGCUCCACCACAGCGUCCAACGCCCGGCUCCCUAGUAUCGCAGCCACUCACAUGAGUAAAGCUCUGAACUCACUUACAUCAAUCAACCCAGAACAUGUUCUCAUCGCUGACUGCCCAACUUCAUUGGGUAGCAUGUUAGGCUUCAACCUCGCAGCACCGGGUGAAGGUAUACUCGUCAACAGGCCAGUAUACGGUCGCUUCGAGUUAGAUUAUGGCAUUGAAGCAGGUGUUGAAAUUGUAUAUGCCGACACGGACACGGAUAUGGCGUUCACGCCUGAUGCUGUGGAGAAGUAUGAGCAGGCUUUAGGGGAUGCCAAAAAGCGUGGAGUGGUUAUUCGGGCGGUUCUUCUCGUAAACCCUCAUAACCCUGUCGGUAAGUUGGUCUACUUUUUACAAGUCUCGUCGAAGAUAUGGCUAGGUGCUUAUUUCGACGUGCCACCAGGCCGCUGCUAUCCGAUCAAGACGUUGAAGCACAUUGCCCGAUUCUGCGACAGGCACAAGCUUCAUCUUAUCAGUGACGAGGUUUAUGCGUCCUGUAUCUUUGAGAGCGGUGAUCCGGACGCUGUUCCGUUUACGUCAAUUCUUUCUUUGGAUUUGAAGGGCCUCAUAGACCCUAAUCUUGUGCAUGUUUUGUACGGCUUCAGCAAGGACUUUGCCUCUGGUGGCCUUCGCCUUGGAUUCUUGGUCACUCAAAAUGAGCAACUGCGCCUAGCAUGCAAGAUGUCUUCGCGAUUCCACACCCCAUCUCAGGCGGCCGUCACAAUCGGAAUGGCCAUUCUAGAAGACCAAGCCUUUGUCGAAAGCUUCACUGCCAAGACAAGAGAAGUGCUAGCGGCACGCUACAAAUUGACUACAUCGACCCUCGACCAGGCUGGGAUCAAGUACGCCAAGAGAGGGAAUGCCGGAUUCUUCAUCUACGUUGAUCUAUCGCCUUUUUUGCCCGACGGUCAUACUACCCGAGAACAGGAAUUCGCCCUUGCGGGAGAAAUUCGUUGA